AUGGGCGCCUCCGAAGUCUGGCGAUUCAGGCAGGUUGGCUUUUGGGAGAAGUAUGGCGUACCCCUCUGUUUGGUCGUCACCACCGCUCUGAGUUCUGUGCUCAUCGUGGCCCAUUUGCAAAAGUGGACUGUCAAUGAUUCGUGGUACGAGUCCUCACUCGCUGCGAUUACUUCCAAGCGCGCCGCCGUGCAGUCGGGCAUACAACUUGUCGCGGCAAUUCUGGGCCUCAUACAUACUUCAACUGUCGCCGUUCUCAUUCAGCACGGCACGAGACUGGCCGUUUUCAAUGCCGGCGGAUCAACAACCCAGAGUCUCAAAGGGCUGAUCAAUCUUGGGCUCCCUCGCAUUCGAUGGGAUCUACAAUUCCGUUUCCUGGUGCCGAUUCUCGCCUUAUCGUGCCUGGGUCUCAUAAGUUCGGCAUUAUGGGUUGGUAGCAUGACGCCAGUAAGCAGCACCAUUGUGGAACGAUCGGUCGUUCAAGUACCGUCAUUCAAGAACACGACGAUGAUUAAGGAGUACCCAUCCGAAAUAUCAAGGGCUGGUCCAUCUACCACGACGCGGGAAGGCUUGUUCACGUACUCCGUCGGGGUCAAACUUCUGAGCAGUCUGAUCGUUUCUGGGUCAUCCGCAACGACCUCUGACGGAUCAGUCCGCAGACAUCCCAAGAUCGACAAUACUCAGUUCGUUUACGAAGGCCGGUCUUAUGGUGUGGGGUCUGCUAUCGGCAUCCGAGACCAAGCCAUCGGCAACCGGGCUUCUGCAAUAGAUUACUCUUUCCAGGAAGACGGCUAUCUUCCCUUGGUCAGAUGCAUCUACAACACAAGUAUGAACUACGCGAUCGGUCGCGAAUUUCCAAAAAGAACAUAUGCUACAUCUGGAUGGCUUCCUGAUAGCAUAGGAAGCCCAAACUUUUUCGACUAUCUUGGGCAUUCGCCAGAUUCCAUUGUAGCCGUCGGUGUAGCCCAUAGUUCCGAGUCGCCUCGGCGCUACAUCUCUAUAGCGGCUGGUAAGAACUAUAUUGCUCUCAACGCCACACAAUGUACGGUCGACUUCUCUCCAACUCGAUUCAACGUGUCGGUUGGAAUUCGGGGCAGAAACAUCACCGUGACUCCGGCCGGCGCCAUCGACGACUUCAAUCCACAACGCAACCUUACGCGGACAGUUGUCAGGCAGUUCGAGCUCAUCUCCAAUGACUUGACCAGCUUCUAUGAGUCGAUUCUUGGUAACGCAUUUCUUUCGAGUGUUUCGGCAUGGAACAUGUCCUCGAAUGAGAAUGGCACCGUACCACAGGAUGAAGUAACCCUCCGUGGUCUGGAGAAGGCCAUCGUUGCCAUGACAGAGUCGAUGCUUGCGUCAUACGGUGCAGCACAGCUGGUUGUGGGCAAUUUCUCCGAGCAGAGGGAAGCAAAUGUGACGGUUGGGGUGUUUGUGAUCGGGGAAAAGGUCUAUGUUGUCGCCAUUGCCGUACUCAACGCACUGGUCGUUCUCGCAGUCAUUUGGGAGGCGGUCAGGACAAGAGGAUGGCGAGACCUGCCGCCGUUCGACUUUUCAGAUCCUGAUUGGUUGAUCACGGCCUCUUUUCGAGGCGGCGUGCUUUCCAGGGCCUCGGAGGCAGAUGGUGAAGGCGGUAUGGUCUCACAAGGUUUUCAGAAGGGGCCUCAUUCUUUCUACUCGCCUGUAGCCGAGAGUGAAGACAAGGAAGAAAGAUACAUCAUCGAGGAUUACUCCGAGAGGGAGCUGACUAUCGGCUCCGACAGACUGCCGGCGCUCGCGGGAUGCGGCAGAAACUUCGGCGGAGGCCGCGCCGACGGCGACACCUACCUCGCCGACCUCUGGAAGAGCCAGCUCACGGAGGACCUGAUGUGGGAGAGCAAGCCGCUGAAGACGAAGGCGAUCAUCCGGGACCUGAGCCACUUCCGACCUCCGACGUGGUCGUGGAUCUCGAUCCGCGACCUGCCGCGCUCGCACGAGCUCGGCGAGCCGACGGCUCCGAGGCAGGUCUCGAACUCGUCGUCGAUACGCCGGCGGUUCGGCGGGCAGGACGAGUCCGAUGCGUUGCUCGUGGACUACUCGAUACGGCUGGCGCACGCGAGCGCGCCUUUUGGGGAUGUGUCGGGCGGGACGUUGACGCUGCGGGCGAAGAUCGUGUCGAUUGGUGAUGUUCGGCCGGGCGUCUCGAGGGAAGCUGUGUUGAUGGGUAGUAAUUAUGUUUUGAACGCCCAGGAGGAGGCGGGGGUUUGUUUGUUGAGGGUGCAACGUGCUUCGCGGUGGGAUGUUCGGAACCAGGGCCGUAGUCAAGACGGGGACGGAUGUCUUCUCGUGAUGAAGGAUAGUAGCGGGACGGGGUUUCGUAGGGUCGGUACUUUUUGGGACUGGUGGGAUUCAGCUGAAGGUCGACCAGCUUUCGAUUGGGAUGUCGUGAAGUAUACAGACGUCGUGCUUGUGUGA